AUUUAUGUGUGAUUACUUAACCUCAAAUUUUGACGUUUAAACGUCAAAAUGUUGAACAAAAACGAAAAAUCUGAAAAUUUGCAACAAUCUUCGAGAAUGCAACAUGAUCUAUACAUCCAAGAGAUCGAGGGCAUCGACGACUACUGGGGCCCAACAUUCAGAGUGGUUUAUGAUAAUGAAGAGUAUGUGGAAUUUAAAGAGAAAUUAGAAGAAAGAAUCAAACAUCACGACAGGGAUAUAGAGAGGCUUUGCAAUAUUUACUAUCAAGGUUUCAUUGACUCUAUUAGAGAAUUACUUGAAGUACGCUCACAAGCCAAGAAACUCAAUAAUGAAGUUGUUGCUGUUGAUAAGCAGCUGAAAACUGCUGCUGAGAACAUUACAAAGUCUGGAUCUGAACUCCUGAAUGCCAGGAAGGUUGAAAACAAUAUAGCAACAGUAAUAUCACAGUUAAAUUUAUGUCUACCUGUACUAGCAACUUACUCAAAACUUAAGAAGCAAAUCAGUGAGAAAAGGUACUAUCCUGCAUUGAAAACGUUGGAAGAAUUAGAACAUACACAUCUUCCACAUGUUGCCAAUUACAGGUUUUCUGCUCAACUUAAAGAAAACAUUCCAAAAAUUAGAGAAAAUAUUGAGAAGGCAUCUAUGUCUGAUUUAAAAGAUUUUUUGGAAAAUAUACGACGAUAUUCACCUAGAAUAGGGGAAGUUGCAAUGAGACACACAGAUGAACAAUUAGCAAAUGAUCCUACACUUUUCGGAAGGAAAAAGAAACGUCCUGCACCUCAGCCCCCAGGAAGUGGAUUGUCUUCAGAAGAAGAUCUCAGUGCACAAGAAAUGAUAGACUUUUCCCCUAUCUAUAGAUGCCUUCAUAUCUCGGCAGUCUUAGGAUCGAGAUCUACUUUUGAGACAUAUUACAGGGCUGAAAGGACUAAACAAGCCAGACUAGUCCUUCAACCCCCGACAAAUAUGCAUGAAUCAUUAGAAAGUUACCGAUUUUACAUCCACGCAGUAUUGGGCUUUUUCAUAUUGGAAGAUCAUGUAUUGAACACCGGAAAUGGGCUCAUUACAAGGGCUUUCCUGGACGAAAUGUGGACCAUGGCACUUUCCAAGAUCGUUUCUGCCCUUCAAACUCACUCUGCUUAUUGCACUGAUGCAACUUUAAUCCUUAACAUAAAAGAUCUUAUCAUGUUAUUUUCCACUACUCUGAGGAAUUACGGAUACACGGUGAAACCCCUGUGGGAGUUAGUGAGGGAGUUACGCGAUCACUACACUGAAGUCCUUAUGCAACGAUGGGUUCAGGUGUUCAGGGAAAUUUUGUCAAAGGAAUCGUUCCAGCCUAUUAAGGUCGAAAAUCAAGAACAGUACGACACAGUUUUGCUUUCAUUCCCUUGGGAUGCUGAUCUACCUGACGACAUUACAUUUCCCUAUAAUUUCCCAUUUUCUAGCAUGGUACCUAAAGUCUAUCAACAGGUGAAAGAGUUCAUUUAUGCCUGCCUUAAAUUUUCAGAGGACUUAAACCUGAGUCAAGUGGAAGUAGACGAAAUGAUAAGAAAAUCUAUGAACUUACUCCUAACCAGAAGCUUCAGCGGUUGUCUUUCUUCCACUUUCCGCAGUCCCCACGUAAAUCUUCAGGAAAUUAUUCAGAUAAUUAUAGAUACCGGUUAUCUAGAAGAGGCAACGGUUUAUCUAGAUCAAUUUAUUUCCAACAUAACGGGGGAAGAGACACAAGGCGUGACCACUGGAAUAGUACAGGGACAGCCAGCUAUGUUUAGAGUAGCCCGAGAGGAUGCUGUUAAACAAAUUUGCGAAAAAUUACGACAAAAACUAAAUGAAUUCUUGGAACUAGAGAGUUACGACUGGCUCCUUGUGGAGCCUCAAGGGCACGCGUCCAGUUUCAUCUCUGACAUGAUCGCUUUUCUGCAAACGACGUUUCACAGCUUCACCAAUCUUCCAGCUGAAGUAGCUCAACUGGCUUGCAAGUCCGCCUGCGAACACAUAGCUAAUUCUAUGCUGGAAGUGCUCCUAAACGACGAAAUCAAGCAGAUGUCGAUGGGGGCCUUAAACCAGAUCAAUCUCGACCUUUUGCAGUGUGAACUAUUCGCUGCUUCUGAACCUGUAAAAGGAUUGCCGCAGGACGUGCUACUUGCUUAUUUUACUAAAUUGAGGGAGCUGUUAGACCUGGUCACGUCGUGGGACUGGCCUACGUACUUCCACGACUAUGGAAAGGAAACAAACAAAUACAAACAAGUCAGUCCAGACGUUGCUAUAAUUAUUUUGGAAAAACUGAGAGAGGGUGACAAGAAAACGAUGUUUGCAGUUUUGAAAAAGAGCGAAAGAGACAAGAAGAAACUGCUUGAAACUGUAUUAAAACAACUGAGACAAUUAUCGCAAAUUCCCGGAAAGAAUUAAAUGUAUUUGAAUCAACUAUAUAUGUGUCUAUUUGUAGUUAAUUUUAAAUUAAUAAAAUGUCUAACCUUAUGUAUUAAUA